AUGUUAAUUAAUGCUCUUGUGGAGGUGCCAUCGUUUGUUUUGACUACAAUCUUCAUAGAUAGAUUUGGGAGGAAGCAUCUCAGAAUUGGAAUGCAAUGGUUCAGUGGGAUCUUCUGCAUUAUCGACAACUUGUUAGGAAGCCAAGGGAUUUGGGAAGUGUUGACGACAGCGUGUGGCGUUUUGGGAAUAUUUGGGAUGGCGGGGACUUACAAUCUGAUGUUCAUGUACACAAUGGAGUUGUUUCCAACAGUGGUUAGAAACGCACCACUUGGAUGUGGGAUGCAAAUCAUCCAGUUUCGUGCUAUUAUAGUGCCUUUCGUGGUAAUUAUGAGAAGUCGUUUUGCGUUGAUGGUGUUUGGGGCAUGUGGAAUUGUGGGAGCGAUUCUUAUAUUUUACCUGCCAGAAACAUUAAACAAGCCAUUAUAUGGCACCAUGAACGGAUUGGUGGAAGCCCAGAACGAGUUCUCAACACUUUUAUAA